GUCUUUAUAAAAUCAAUCCGUCGAAGGUUAUCCAAGGGUUUAAAAUGAUAUUUUACAGGCGCUUCGAUUACUUUUUCACUAUUACAUUGAACGCUGUAAUAAAUAUCAAGGGUUUAGAGUGACCUCCCUUCCCAAACAAACGUAAACAAAUGACGAAAUUGACAGAAAGUUGUCGGGGAAAAAAAUUCUGUGCAUGGCUGAUUGGGCCAAGUUAAUAUUAUGUCAUUAAUUUUGCGAAAAGGUUUGUAUUGUAUUUGAGUUGAAGAGCUGUUAAUGAUGUCAGUCGUUUUGGCCCUGCGCCAGUUUAAUCAUUCACUGUUGAGUGUUGUCAGCCUUAUCAUAGUAGGUUGCACAACCGUUCGCAAACAACAUUCGCUGACAUGAAUAAAUGCCAACAUUUUCUGAUGACUCGUUCAUUCUAGCAGUACUCGCCGUCGACAUUCGAUCAUUUUCAAGAAUAUUGUUAUUAACGUUUGUGUGACCGGGAAAUUCUAAUUUUCAUCAUGAGUGACAACGGCAAUGUAUCUCAGUCGACCAAUUCGAAAAAAAAAAAUGGGUGGGUAGGACCGCCGACCAAGGAAUGGCUUGAAAACAGGUUGUCCAAGAGGCUGUGCUAUCUGCUCCGGUAUGGGGCUCUCAAAGAAGGCCUUCACGUUGAUGAUCACGGGUUUGUGGACAUCGAGGAGCUGCGUUCUGUGAACCUCCUCCGAGAACACGGACUGGAGGAGGUGUUGGAGGAAAUCAAGACAUCGACAUCAUGGCGGAAAACGAAACGGUUCCAGUGGAAGGAGGAACAUGGGAAGAUCUAUGUGCGAGCACAGUACGCUCGACGCCUGGAGAAGAAUCCAUGCCACGAAGACAGCAAGGUGCCAACUCUGUUUGAGCACUGCAUACAAAGUGUCAUUACCAACAUAGAAGAUUAUGAUCUGGACGAUUUUCCUGAUGAAUUUAUAAUAAGUACAAUGAUUCAUCGUCUGAAGCGUCAGAAGAAGCUGAACAACAAAGCCCUGCAGACCCUGCUGGUGCCCGCCCUGGAGCACGUGGACCUGGAGGGGCUGUACCUCACCAACAACAUCCUGAAGAUGGUGUGGACCAAGUGCCCCCACAUCAAGACCCUCAGUCUCAUGAACUGUGGAUAUAUCAUGACUGAUAAUCUCAUGUCUCAACUAGUCAAGAAACUGCCAGAUCUGACGUCACUGAAUUUAGCCCGGUGUCAGCAUUUAACAGACAUUACACUCAAAUCUAUCAAAAAACACUCCAAGAAGUUACGAAAUAUUAACAUAUCUAUGGUAAGGAAUUUUACAGAGGCAUGUGUGUUGGAUUUUAUAAUAAGUCUUCCCGGGCUAGAGCAGGUGGACAUGUACGAUGUGAGGAUAUCCACGGAGGGGCGAGAAACACUGGCGGAGAUUGGCAAACACAGAAAGUUGAAAAUCAUUCUGUAUGAAUUCCACAGCGAAGAGGCAGCACAGAAAAACCCAUCAGAGAUGUUGCCAAAUUUUGGACAAGUUUGGUACUGAAGACAAGUUCCUUGAGGCUGUCAUAACUUGAUGUUAUGGGGAUUUGUGUGCCGGUGGGAUUGAUCAAGGCAAUCAUAUUUUGCUGACCAUUCCCAAUUACCCUCCCGCUAAAUUUUCAUGUCCCCACAUACCUAAAAAAUGUUCAAAUUCACUUUUCUUCAUAACACCCACCCAACUGACAAUGGUUUUGAUUCACAUGAAGCAGGAAUAUUUUUUGGACUAUGUUUAUAUUCUACUCAAAAGAAGUAAAGGAAUACCUGAUUUUUUCAUUCGACUACAGCUAAUCUGUUUGUGAAGAUAGCAAGUGAUAUCAUUUAAUCGAGUGAGUGAGUGAGUUGGGUUUAACGCUGCUUUUAACAGUAUUCCGGUUAUAUCACGGCAUGUCAGCUUAAUGUGGGAGGAAAGCCGAAGUGAUGUAGGUCUCAGGGCGAACCGAGAUUCGAACCCACAAUCAUAGGUUUCUGGCGUGCCCAAGAGACGCAACUGCACAGCGAAUCGCGGCGCCUUAGACGACUGGGCCACCCGUGCCCCCUAUUAUUUAAUCGAACUGCUACCAGCUACACCAUAUCAUAGAAUUCUAAGUCUACUGUCUUGUUAUCAUUUGCCGAGUAGUUUUUAUGGUUCCAUAGCAGGGCUACUCUCACAAAUUUCAUUGAAUUGAUGCAGGGUCGACACCCGCAUUAAUUUUGUGACCCAUUAAUUUCAUGAUAUACGGUAUUUCAUCAAAUAUGGGAGGGGAGGCAGUGAUUUUCUUCGUCUGCAGAUACUUGAGUCAAUAAGAUACUUGAGGCAGGGAGUUUGGUACAUAAGGAGGCGAGGCUGAAAAUCUAAUAAUUCAUUUAACAUGGCUAUCUUUAUCAGUUCCUCUCAGGCUGGUCAUGAACAUACAUUUGUGGAGCUCAGAAGAUGAUGCUCUUCAGUGUCUGAAACUCAGCAGAGUAAACUAAGCAAGUGAGUGAGUGAGGUUUUACGCCGCUUGUAGUAAUAUUCCAGCAAUAUCACAGUGGGGAACACCAGAAAUGGGCAUCAAACUUCGUACCCAUGUCGGGAAUCAAACCCAGGUCUUCGGCAUGAUGAGCGAAGGCUUUAACCACUAGGCUACUCGACCCCCCCCCAAGUAAACUAAGAGCUUUAGGGCAAGCAUAUUUUAAAAUACUGUAAGCCCAGUGUAAAAACUGUAGGUGAAGCAGGGAGACAUACACUAUGUAUACAUGACGAAAUACAGCCGAGUUCCCGAGUUAUAGAUGAAGCCUGCAUUUAUCAAGGAAAUGAUCUGUGUGUUAAACAUCUUUGCAACUUUGCCACUUAAAUCUAUUGAUAAAAUGUGACAAAUUGAAAUGAAAUAUGUAUUUUCGGACAUUGUGAAGAGUGAUAGAUUUAAUAAAUGAAUGAUUUGACAGGUAGGUUCAUGCAACUGUAUUGUGUAUAUAUUAUUUUGAUGUGGCUAUGAUUUGGCCAGUAUACCGGUCUGCGGGGCUAUCAGGCUGAGUACUUUGAAGCUGGACCCUGUUUCCCCAAGCAAUCUCAGGGUUAUGCAAGGGCCUGCGGAAAUUUAUAACUAUCAGCCCGAGAACAAAUCUGUCGGCCUCGGGCCUAUGUCUAUUUCAAUGAUGCUAUUGUGUUUUUUGAGUGCAUUUCAUAAUAAUAUACUACUCAACAUUUGAUAGGGAUAAUAUACACAUGACAUGAGUGAAUCAGUUUUGUGAACCAUGGAAAGAUGGAUAUAUCCCUGUCAAAAAUGGAGUGGUACACUAGUAAUAACACUUGAACAUUCCCUCCAAUUUGAGCUACCAGUACUACUAUAAAUGCUGAGUGACAUGUUUUAUAGCUUUGUAUAUCGAUUUGAAUAUGAAAUAAAAAGUAACUAUUUUA